AUGGCUCUCGUUAAAGUAGUCAAAAAUCGCGCUUACUUCAAACGCUUCCAAGUUAAAUUCAAGAGACGACGUCAGGGCAAAACUGAUUACUAUGCACGCAAACGUCUAACUGUCCAAGACAAGAACAAAUACAACACGCCCAAGUAUCGACUUAUUGUGCGUUUUACAAACAAGCGAGUUACUGCACAGAUUGCUUAUUCUCGGAUCCAGGGCGACAUCAUCGUUAACGCUGCUUAUUCUCAUGAGCUUCCUCGUUACGGCAUCAAGCUUGGCCUUACCAAUUAUGCUGCUGCUUAUGCAACGGGUCUAUUGUUAGCACGCCGUCAUUUGCAAAAACUUAAACUCGAUUCAGUUUAUAAGGGAAAGGAAGAGGUUGAUGGAGAAUAUUAUGAUGUUGAGGGUAGCAAUCCAAAUCCGUUUACUUGUGUUUUGGAUGUUGGUUUAGCAAGGACUACCACUGGCGCCAAAAUAUUUGCUGUGAUGAAAGGUGUUGCUGAUGGUGGGAUCCAUAUUCCUCACAGAUAUUUGAAGGAACAAGACGAAGAGGCGUAUAAACGCCAAUUCUCUAAAUUUCUUAAAGAAGGCAUAGAACCAGAUUCGAUUGAGGGUAUUUAUAAGAAAGCCCACGAGGCGAUUCGUGCUGAUCCUUCACAUACAAAGAAAGAACCAAAGAAGCCUGCAGAGAAGAAACGUUGGAAUGCUAAGAAGUUAACUUUGCGUGAGCGUAAACAUCGUGUCGCCAACAAGAAGGCAUAUUUGUUGCACUUGAAGGAUUUACAAGGACAGCAAUUGGAAGCAUAA